GCUCUAGAGUCUCGGACAAAAUCUGGCGCACUUGUGUGGAUUCUCAUGUGAGCUGGUCUCUGCAGAUACAAGGCCAAAUGCUGAGGAGCCGUCGGCGGGGGCUUUCAGUGUCUACCUCUUCCAAGGUGUUGUAGCUUUGUUCUAGUUCUUCGCAUAAAAGUUUGACUUGGUUAUGUUUUACAAACAUGGGAACUUUGUGCCCCAGGUGAUUCAGUAGAAAAGAAGUGAUACGAUUGAAGUCAAGUGUGCAGGAUAUCAUAAGCCUCAAGCAUCUUGGUGGCAAGCAAGGAUGCCUUCUCUGGCAGUGCCGUAUUUGCGGCAGGUUCAGGCAAAGCUGCGCAUCGAGAUGCACCCCUCGCAAGCGGAGGACGUCAAGGUGGCGGUGCGCGAGCACUUGAACACCCUGCUGAUGCGGUAUAAUGAGGAAUUUGGGGGAGUCGUUCUCGCAUAUUCGGACGUGGUUCUCUUGGGAAGAAAAGGCCGCAUCCUUACAACACUUUCUCCGUACAUCCACCUCGACCUGACCGCCAGGCUGCUCGUGUUCGCGCCGGCUGCGCAGAACGUCCUAGCUGGCUCCGUCAACAAAGUCGGCCCUGCGCACAUUGGUCUAUUGGCGCUCGGCGCUUUCAAUGCUUCCAUCCGUGCAGACGAGAUCGGGGACGCCUUUCAGUAUGAUCCAGACGCCUCAGCAUGGGUCGACGGCAGCUCACGCAUAGCGGUCGGGACGGAGGUUGACUUUGCGGUUGACAGGGUGCAUGACGAGGGCAACUUCCUGAGUCUCUCCGGUUCUUUGCUGCUGCCCGGCACCGGUCCCCGCACGUUGUCCGAAGCUAGGGAGGCCGUUGACGGGGCCGCAGAUGCUACCCAAAGUGCAUCCAAACGGAAGAGGAAAAAGGCGGAGCAGACACCAGUAACGAACGGCCUACCGAAGGAAAAGGAUCCUAUUGCCGUAAGAGAACCUCAGGAAGGUCAAGCGGACGAGCCUGCGGGGAAUGGAACGAAGAAGAAGAAGAGGAGAAAAGCGAAAGAGGGGGAAUCGCAGGAGGGUACUUCUGGCAAAGAAGUGUCACAAGAGUUUCGGAAUUUUGUUGAAGAGCAUAAACGAAAGGGAAAGGACAAAAGCAAACUUUGAUACGGCGACCACCAAAAUC